AUGAAAUCUAGUAUAAAUAGUUCAACUGUAUCUGCAACAACGAAUGCAUUCUCUAAUAAACUGCAUACUGGUCAUCAAAAGAUUGUUCCCAGCGGAUAUUCAUUAAACAGAUUUCCACUUGGUAACCUCUCGUCUACUGAUAUUGUUCGAAAAGACAAACAGGGUUCAAAUUUUUCCAGUUAUUUUACUAGUGGUUCAGCAAAUUUUUGGGAUUCAACAGUACCAAAAAAAAUGACUACUAGUUAUGGGAAUAUAGAUCUGAAACAACGUCCACGGGAUGUUGUAUUAUCUACAAGGAAUCCGGUUUUCUACAAUAUGCGUUCGACUUGUUCGUCGGAUAGUGAUGGAUGUUAUGAGAAUGUAAUUGCUAGUAAAAGUGAUAGCGUGAGUUCAAAUAACUAUACGGAUCAUAACAAUACAGCGGCAACAGCUUUUGUUUCUCCAAUAACCAAUGGCAAUAAUAUUAGUAAUGUUGGACGAUCAGCAGAUAUUGACUGCUCUUUAGCUGUUUUAAAUGCUAAUAAAUUAUUGUUAUCGAGUAUGAAUGGGUGCACAAAAAUGGAAUAUCGGCCUAUCACGCAAACGGUACCAAUUAAAAUGCAAUCAGUAAAUGGUGAGCAUACAAAAUAUUGA